AUGGCGAGAACAUGCUCCCAAGAUGUGUUGUGGGACAUUCUUUGUAGAUUGCGUGUCAAAUCUUUGAAGAGAUUCCAAUGUGUGUGCAAAUCUUGGUAUGCUCUAUUUAUGCACCCAAGUUUUGUCACCAAACACCUCCACUUUCACAGCGGACAGAAGAAGAAUACUCGUUCCUUCCUGCUUUCUCACUCCCUGGAUCUCCGUUAUAUUAAUGAGUUGCCCAUUGAUCAACGAAAAGACACUUGUUUCAGCUUGGUCAAUUUAGACGAAACCACAGAUGAUAUUGUUUCUAUCGACUGGCUUAAGCUUUCGGAUAAUUCAGACCAAGAAAACAAGUUUUCAAAUUAUUGGACUAAAGAUGUGAUAAUUUUUGGUCCACGCAAUGGCAUAUAUUGCCUCCAUGAAUCAUCUAGAGUUCACGGCGAUGUAAUUGGGCUGAUGAAUGUUUCGUUGAGAGAAUUCAAGCUAGUUCCAAAACCAGAACAAUCGAUUAUUUGGCAUACAGGUUCUCUAUCACGACAAUUUGUCGAAAUUGGUUUUGAUCCUAAAACCAACGAUUACAUGGUGUUUUUUUUUAAGGAUUGCACUUUUCCCAGGGAACGUGAACGCCAGGCUGCAAUAUAUCAUGUAAGUUCUAAUUCAUGGAAAAAGCUUAGUGAUCCUUUGCUUGACCAUGUUACUCUAGAUCUUCAAGAUUGUAUUACUGACACCAAUGUCAACGGAAAUGCUCACUGGUUGGCUUAUGAUGAUGGCGUCCCUAGUGGCAGUGAUUGGCAUAUUCUUUCUUUUGACAUGGUUGGUGAAGUGUUUGCAAAGAUAGAGCUUCCAGAAUUGAGGAUUACUAGUCGCGAAACUGCAUAUGUCGUUGCACUGUUUAAUGAAUCUCUUUCUCUUAUUGUUUAUCCAAAGACGCUAGUUUCUUUCUUGGAAGAAAGUGACACCAAAUGUUUUGACAUAUGGGUUAUGAAAGACUACGGUGAUGACAGAUCUUGGACUAAGCAAUUCACAGUUGGACCAGUUGCAUUUGCUGACAUACUACUAGGUUUUUGGCGAAAUGGCGAGUUUCUCAUACAAGAUGGUUCGGGGCGCACUAUCACUUACGACCCAAGCGCCGGAAAGAUGGAGCAGCUUUGUUUUGGUCAAGGGCUUCAAUUGAUCCGAUCUUGUAUCUACUCAGAGAGCCUAGUUUCAGUGACAGGGAAUGCACGAAAUGAUUUUGAAAUAGUAGUUGAAGACUUUCCCUUCGUCAUGACUCCAGACAUGAAGAGAGUGCUAGGAUAUAUAGACAAAUGUCCAUGUCGUUCCUGUUCAACUUCUGAUUGA